AUGNGAGAUCAAGGUGAACCUUUCUCAGANCCAGANAGAUAUANAAGGNUGGUUNGAAAACUCAUAUAUCUNANAAUAACAAGACCUNNUCUNUCUUAUCCAGUGGGGAUUGUGAGUCAAUUUAUGCAGAAUCCACAUGUUGACCAUUGGAAUGCAGUGAUUCGCAUUCUCAGAUACAUAAAAGGAAAUCCAGGACAGGGAUUGUUGUAUGAGGACAAGGGAAGCACUCAGAUUGAAGGAUAUUGUGAUGCAGAUUGGGCUGGUUCUCCAAUUGAUCGAAGAUCUACUACAGGAUAUUGUGUUUUACUUGGAGGGAACCUUAUAUCUUGGAAAAGAUGGCCUAACCUUUAA